AUGGAUCAUCGCAGUCUUGGAGAUUCGGAGGCCAUCGUCCAUCUGCCCGAUUCUGCUGGCAUCGCGCAGGCUGCUCGGGGCGAUGCUGUCAGCCCGCCGGAGUUGGAUCGUCUUUUCCCGGCAUCCAUCUACGUUGCAGGUGGAGCUGGCAGUGUCUCGAACCGCCCCCUGCUCCCGCUGGAGUGCUUCAGAUUGCGUCUCCUGGCGUCAUCAGCGGCUGGGGGAGGCUCCCAGCAAGCAGACCCUGGCGCAGCGUCGACUGCAGCUGAUGAGCAAAACGUUGAAGGCGAUUGGGUGACGCAUGUCAUGCUUAAGAGGUGA